GGAAGUGAGUCAGUGAUGAUCGUCACUUCUUGCGCUACUGUUAACGAGGAGCAGCAACACUAACAGCAGCAGCAGCAACACUAAUAGCAGCAGCAGCAGCAACAACAGUAACAGCAGCAGCAACGACAACAACAUUAACAGCAGGAACAGUAAUAAAAGCAGCAGCAGUAACAGUAACAACAGCAGCAGCAGUAAAAGUAACAGUAGCAGCAGUAACAGCAGUAGCAGCAGCAGCAGCAACAGCAGCAGCAGCAGCAACAACAGCAACAACAACAACAGCAGCAACAGUAACAGCAGCAGCACCAGCAGCAACAGCAGCAACAACAGCAGCAGCAGCAACAGUAACAGCAGCAGCAGUAGCAGCAACAACAACAGCAGCAGCAAUAUUAACAGCAACAGCAUUCAGCAGCAGCAGCUGGGUCUCCUUCAACCUCUUAACAUCACAGUAUAUAUGUCAUAACACACUAUGGCUGAUCAACAAGUGUUUAAUGGCUGUAGACUUGUAAAGGCUGUUAAGAUCUGUGCCAGAAAUGUCUUGUAUAAAACAUUUCUCUGGGGAACCCCAGACAAACCUGCCAGUAUGAAGCUGGAUGAUUACUUAAACAAAAUAAAUGUUCCAGUAACAUCAAAAACCUUUGACAAAACACAAAAAGAGACGAUUAACAAGAGUCCAGAUGGAUCAGAGUUUGAUGUAUCACUGUUGUAUCAUAGCAUCAAACUCGCCUGUAAGGAUGUAGCUCCAGUCAAUGAUCAAAAAUGGUAUACUGAAGGUAACGUAAUGGAAUAUUACAUUACUUCAGUAAUGAACAUGAGGAACAAUGUUCUUCACGGUCAACUUGCAGUUACUGAUGAAAAAUAUAAAGAAAGCUUAAAAAAUCUUCGGGAGUUGCUAACUGGUUGUCUUGAGACAUCUGGAGAGAAGUAUGGGAGAGACCAGGAUGAUGUGAAGCAGGAGGUCACACAGAUGAAUGAUGUCCUGGACCACAUUAUAAAUGAGAGUCCUGGAGAGGAAGACAUACUGAUGUAUGGUGGCGACAAGCUCAAACAUCUUAUGAUUAAUGGCAGUCGUGACAAACUUAAGAAGAUCUUCCAGAGUAUCAGCUAUGUCAGCCCGGUGUCUUUCAUCAUUAGUGACUUGAAACUUAAAGUUGACAAAAUCUCUGUAGAUAUUGAGGUCAAACAUGGACAACGUGGAGGUCAAGGUCAACAUAUAAGUUACCAACACCUUCUUAAACUUGCUCAGACUACAUCAGCACAGUCAUCUACAUACAGGGUCUCACAACAACAGGGUACAUCUACUCACCCACAUAUAAUAUUGGUUGAAGGUGUGGCUGGCAGUGGCAAGACAACUCUAGUGACGUUAGUAAUAGAUGAAUGGACUCAGGGAGGUCAAGGUAAUAUUAGUGACUUAGAUAAUUACGAGCUUCUACUGUGGGUACAGUGCCGGGACACAACAAUGACCUGCUACCAGGACCUCCAGGACAGACUGAUGCCAGAAGUGGCUAUAAAAUUCAAAGAAAUUCUUUCGAAACUGAUGAAGCUUUGCAAGAUCUUAAUUAUAAUUGACGGCCUUGAUGAAGACAAUGAAAGUUCUAGAACACUAGUCCAGAGUCUAUUGCAAGAAUUUAAGUACUCUUCUAAUAUUGCUUUUCUGUGCACAUCACGACCAGAAAAAGUUGAGAACUUUAUGAGAACAAUCCCUGCGGAGUAUACUGUGCAACAUGCAACACUACAUGGUAUAUCUGGGACAAAUGUGGAACAAUUCGUGCGUGUGAACCACCAGGAGAUAACCAAACAAACAGGGAAUAACAGAAAUACUGAUGAACUGGUAAGGAGGGUGAGGAAGUUAGGACUUCAAGAACACUUAAGACUACCAAUGAAUUUGAUUCUCAUGAUAUACAUCUGGGACCAAGACCCUGACAAGCUAAACUUAACAUCUGUCACUCACACGGAGCUAUAUUAUAAUAUUCAUCAACUGUGUAAACACAAGUUAAUACAGAGACUGACCAACCAUCAAGAUACAAAGAAUAUGGAUGACACGGAAUUAACUGACAAUGUAAAUAUAAUAUUGAUGAAUAUAUAUAAGAUAUCAAUGGAAACUCUUUCACGGGAUCAGUUAGACCUUGAAGUAAACACUUUAAAAAAUCUUAAAAGAAUAUGUAAACUAUCGUGUUUACCUUAUAAAGAAGUGUUGUCAGCGUUCCUUUGUUUAAGACCAACAUGGACGAUGCUGGGGAUCAAGGAGCGGUACUCAGCUCCUCACAAGGGUAUACAAGACUACUUCGCUGCUCUCUACAUUGUGAACAAGCUUAAUAACCCACAGUAUUCUACACUUACACCUGCCUCAGCUACACCUGCCUCAGCUACACCUGCCUCAGCUACACCUGCCACACCUGUCAGUAUCAGGGGAGUGUUAGAAGAGAGCAUCAGGUCAGAUGGGGUGGACAUGAACAAGUACCAGAAUGUUCUGAUACAUGUGGCUGGGCUGCUGCACCUGGUACUAGACCAGGUAGCUGAGACACCUGCACGGGAAGUGGUUCAUCUCCUACAAGAGUCUGGUAUGAGACACAACAACCAGUGGCUCCACCUCCUUGACAACACUAACAUGUCUCCAGUAAUUGUCAAACAAUUAUCGCGCUUAUUCAAUAAUGAAGCAACAAUUGACGUACAUGAUGGACGUGUGAGAAGCUACGCUGCUCUUCUGCCACACCUCAGCUCCUGCAAGGUGGAGAUUACUAUCCGUGGUGUUCCUGGGGACCUGCCUCACCUGCCUCACCUGCUGGCUGCCCUCACCCACCACCACUGUACACAACUGGAACUAUACCACCACAUCAAAUAUGCUGACACAAUCAUCACUUCUGACAACCAUCAUGCUGACACAACCACUUCUGACAACCAUCAUGCUGACACAACCACUUCUGACAACCAUCAUGCUGACACAACCACUUCUGACAACGUGCUAGAGCUUCUACAACAUCGGAGUCGCCUGGAGGUGUUCACUGGUGGUCUUACUGGUAGAGGAAUCAGACUACUGAGGGAGUGUCACAACCUGAGGUACCUCCGCCUGGCUGUGGUGAGUGACCACCAUGCUGGUUGUCUCCUGCCACAACUACACCACAUUGUCACCUCCACACUACAUCAACUUGAGUGGCUCAGUGUGAGAGUGUCAGCAGCAGCAGUGUCAGCAGCAGCCGUGACGUCACUACCCAGCACACUCCUCGCGUUGGAGCUGGAUGUGACUGAUUGAAUGAUGAUGU